CGCCCAGGCCCCGCCCUCUGAUGUAACGCUCCCUCCCUCCCCAUCUUAGUAUUUAAACCUGCCGUGGGCGGGCGCGGAAAGAGAAGUGGAAGAGCGGUGCUGGAGGGGGAAGGUGGAUCGUCAGGACCGGCCGACUAAGGCAUCGGGCCCAGGCCCCGAAGCUGCGAAGCCCCGAGUUGGACGAGGCGAAGGAGGAAUGCCCCGGGCCGGAGCCUCCUGGGGGAGAUGACUUGGCGCCGGGGUGCGGGGCUCGGGGUCGCCUUGGCCAUCGCCCUCUGCCCUCUCUUCCUCCGGCAUCCGGCGGAGUCAGCCAGCGUCUCAAAGAGGAAUUCGUUCUCCACCCAAGGAACUGCCCCCCAGGUCCGGAAGGGCGGUCUGGAGGAGCUGAAGUUCUAUAAACACCAAGGACGGCAGUGUCUACUGUGUCCGGCAGGACAAUAUGUCAAAGAGGGCUGCAAUACCUCAUUCACACACGGGAUUUGUGCUCCUUGCCAGAACGGGGCCAAUUUCACUGCAUUCCCCAAUGGAUUGUUCUACUGCAUCAAGUGCCAAAUCUGCAAACCAGAUCAGGAAGAGGUGAGUCCCUGUACAACCACCGAAGACACCCAGUGUCACUGCAAGGCUGGCACUUUCUGCCCACGUGACCAUCCCUGUGAAGUGUGCAUGAAAUGUAAAACUAGGUGCCCUGAAGACAUGGCGGUGGGCAGCUCCUGCCAGCCCUGGAGCGAUCUGCAGUGCGUCCCUUCCGAAAGAACAGUCCCCAGACAGCUGUGGAUCUUAAGCGCCUUGCCGUUGUUUCUACUGUUGGUAGCCGGAUUAGCCCUUGGGAGGUACUAUCUGUGUAAUUCAUCCGCUGGAGUGAGUCACCUGGGCACCAGGAAACUUCUCUCCAACCUCAGGGACUGUUUCCCCUUGUUCAUGGUUCCGUGCGGCCGGAGGCCCGGGGACAGGGACAAUGAGCACAACCAGGAGGUCCUGAGCAAUCGAGAUGUCCAAAGGGCCCUGCUUCCCCAGCAGCCCGGAGGCCUGCAGCCUCAGCCCAGAACUGCAAAGAGAGAGGAGUCUCUUAUGGAGCAGAAGGGAGCCGUGGCCCCUCAGAUCGAAAGCAAGAGGAUUCUGGUCCCAGCCAAUGGAGCCAACCCAAUGGAGACUCUGGAGAAGGCCUUGCCCCACUUUGAACGGGAGGUGCCCUGCAAGUCCUGGAACGGCUACAUGAUCCGACUCGGCCUGAGCCAGAACGAGAUCGACGUGGCCAGAGGCAGCGAGAGGUACACCGAGGACCAGCCCCGUAGCCUGCUGAGAACCUGGCAGAUCAAGAUGGGGAAGGGCGCCUCCAUCAACACCAUGCUGGAGACCCUGGACGAGAUGCGCCUGAAGCUGAUCCGGGAGUCCAUCCAGGAAUCGCUCAUCGCCUCCAAGUUGUACGUCUUUGCGAGUUGUGAAGCCGAGAUGCCGGGCUCCGGGAGCGGGGGCUCCGGGCCGGGAUCCUCUACGGAAACUAAGGUGCCCGGGUGAUCCGGCCCCUCGCUCCCCGGCUGGUUUAUCCAGGAGCCUGGGCCCGGGAUGGGCAGUAGACGGUGCCCCUGACCAAGGCACCCAAGGGGCCUUCCCCACCGAGGACUACAUUGGCAGGCUUUGGGUGGUCAUAUUUCACACCCAGACACAAGUCUCAAGGUGAGUGGUAUCUCUUCGUCAAAUGUGGACAACUCUGUAUGAAUGUAGGAGCAGGGGUGGUAAAGCACAAGGACUCUCGGACUCCCAAGUCCUCGGUCGACUGGCCCUAGCGGACGAGUUUAGCCCACCUAGGAAAAUGAGGACGUCACCUACCUAAUAACAUCACCUACCUCAAGGAGCACCGGAGGGUCCCUGAUUGGUCCUCGGGUGCCCCAGUCUCCGCAGGGAAGAUGAGCGUAGUGACGGCCGUCGUUCAGCGUGUCUGCUGCUGGGGCGUCGGGGUUGCGGGCCGAAGGAUCUCGACCGGCCCUCGGAGCUUCACGGCCGGGAUCUUAGGAGCAGCUCUCUCUCGGGCUCAGCUGUCCGCUGCCUCCGGGCCGUCGGCCACCCGAGCAUACCUGCGAGCUCGGGGGCAGACCCGUGCCAAACUUUCCGGUCUCUAGGGCCGAGGGGGUAGGGAUGUGAGGCCCGUGUGCUCAGGUCUUUUCGCUUCAGGUCAGGGGCCUCUUAAACAAAUUUUAUAUUUUUUAAGUAUUUAUGUAUUUUAUGUGAAAUCCCCAAAGAUGUCACGGGAAAAUAAACUCCAGGCCUUUGCUCCUCCUCAACCCGGCGACCUACCCGUGCUCACCUUUGCUCUCCUGACCUGGCCGGGCCCCCUGCCCCUUCCCCGGUCCCCCGGGAACUUCCCUUUUCCUCCUUCACUCUCCCUCCAACCCCUUCUUGGCCUUCCGGCUGAGGAUCCUAUUGAAAAGCAAGAGGGGGGGGCCUGGACCUAGUGAUUCAGGCCAGAGGAGACCCCACACCGCUCCUGUUCUCCCUUAAGUGGAAUGGUUGGGCUUUGGGAGUUCGGAAAGGGCGGUGCUUUUGUAUACAGUCAAUCCUCAAUAAAUGUAAUAGAUUGAA